UGGCUCGGAUUGCAUUCCUCUCACCCUUCUUCCCCUUACCUUCUCCUCCCUUCAGCGGAGGACUUGUGUGUUUUUCCUUACCCUUCAACUUCCUCGCCCGGCGCGCUGUUCACUCGUUCUCCGCGUCUUGACGACAUCCUCUUUAUAGUCUUUACUUUCUACUAAGCGAAGUCUAACGCAUACGACAACGAUGUUCUCCUUUACAAAGUUCUUUGCCGCUUCGGCGAUCCUACCUGCGCUCGCGUCCGCCGCGAUGUUCGAUGUGCAGGUCGGAGGGUCGAACGGCAGCCUGACCUUUGAGCCCGAAGCUAUUUACGCCGCCGUCGGUGACCAAGUCACCUUCCACUUCAACCCCAAGAACCACACCGUCACCCAGUCCUCCUUCGCCAACCCCUGCGGGCUGAAGGAGGGCGGCUUCGACUCGGGCUUCGAGCCCGUGACCGAGGACCAGGACGUCUCCGAGCGCCCCACCUACACCAUCACCGUCAACGACACGAACCCGAUCUGGGUCUACUGCAAGCAGAAGGCCCCGGCUAACCACUGCGGGAAGGGCAUGGUCUUCGCCGUCAACUGCCCCGCCGACGGCCCGAACUCGUUCACCAACUUCAAGAAUGCCGCGCUCGCCUUCGGUGCCUCUCUCGAGGCCGGCGCGUCCGCGACUUCUGCCGCUGCCGCCACCGCGACGUACACCGCUGCCUUCAAUGCCUCGAUCACGCUUCCGCCCGCUGUGGCGCCGUCCGUCGUCACUGAGACAGUGACGGUCGAGCAGUCGACGUGGACGACGACGUACAGCUCGUACUACGGGUCCCCGAAGGCGACGCCGGUAAGCUUGGAGGGCGCGGUGCACAAGGUUAUCGUCGGUGCGAACGGCACGCUUGCGUUCGACCCGCCGUUCGUCCAGGCGGCACCGAGGGAUACGAUUGUGUUCGAGUUCCAAUCGAAGAACCACUCCGUCGUCCAGAGCUCUUUCGACAACCCGUGCAGCAAGCUCGCCAAGGAUGAUGUGACGGGCUUCUCUUCUGGCUUCCACCCCGUCGCGAACGACACCACCGAGUGGCCGACCUUCAACGUCACCGUCAACGACACCGCGCCCAUCUGGGUCUACUGCUCGCAGAAGACUCCCGCGGACCACUGCGCGGCGGGUAUGGUCAUGGCCAUCAACUCCGACGAGAGCUCCGCGCGCGACUUUGCCGCCUUCCAAGCCCUCGCGAAGCAAACCAACACCUCCAGCGCCGCGAGCAACUCGGACACCACCACCACGGACGACAACAACGGCGCCAUGAGCAUGCCCAUGGGCGCCGCGGCGACUGUGCUGUCGGUCGUUAUGGGUGUCUUUGCCCUGGCCUUGUAGAGGACACGCAUUUGUUCCGUAGUGGAUUUGACAUGAUGUGGACUUGAAGUGCAUUACGACGGCAUGCUACUCGGACUCUGGGUUGCGCAGGCGCAAAGGACUUCAUGGACUCUCGUUGCUCGUAUACCCUGUUACCUUCGAUAUCAUCUUGUAUCCUUCAUGAAUUGAACUCUCCUUGUGCUAGGCGGUGUUUACACCGCCUCAA